ACUCAAAUAACACAACACUAGAGCAGAAACUGUUAACGAUAAUGUCGUUGUGUCGGAAAUAUAUAAACUUUAUAGCCUUGCUAUCUACCAUAGGACUACUUUACAUCUUGUACAAAGCCUAUGCACGAUUAGAUGCCGCAAAUUCAAUUCGCUCGUUUCCAAAUGCAGCUAAUGGAUAUACACGUUCAGGAUAUAAAGUCAGUGUCGUCGUAAACUAUACUUUGCCUCGACGGCUAUCAGCUAUCACGAAUGAUACGCACUGUCCGGACGGAUUUUGGAAAGAUGAUGAGCUAACCUGGGAAAAUUCAACGGCCAUUCCAACACAAAUCGCAGAGUAUGAACAGUUUGUCAAAGCGAAGGAAUGGACUUCAGGAAAAUCAGAUGACCUACCCGUGUUUAUAACCGGUGCAUCUUCAAAUCAUUUUCAAGAGAUGAUUAAAAUGUUGCACAACUUUAACGACCUACGACAACGCUUGAAUAGAAACUGGAUGCUUUAUUUCUUUAAUUUAGGUCUAUCUGUCAAGGAAGUAGAAAAAGUGCAAAAGAUAUGCAACUGUACAGUAAAAAGGUUCGACUUCAAUCGAUAUCCCGUUCACGUUAAGCAUUUACACGGAUAUGCCUUCAAGCCGUUAGCUAUUGAGAUAAUCGCUAGGAUGCACAACUUUGUUGUUUGGAUGGAUGCUUCUGUCAGAUUCAAACAAUCCGAUUUCAACAUACUUCUUGACCAAGGGAGAAAGGCAGGCGUGUUCCUCACUCAAGGAGGCGGUUCUGUUGCUCGACGAACGUUACCAUCGACAUUUCACUACUUUAACACGUAUCCAUGUCGGUUUCGAAGUUUGCCAGAAUUACAGGGUGGAUUUCUUAUAUUUUACAUGAAUCCAUUUAUUAUCCAUCGCAUUUUUUGGCCUUGGGUACGAUGUGCCCUCGAAUUUGGCUGCAUGGUGCCGGAUAUGAAUCCAGAAAAGUAUUUAGCAUGUAACAGAUAUGGAAAUGUGUUUGGUGAGUGCCAUCGAUUCGACCAAUCAGCAAUUAGCAUCUUGCUGUAUACCGUUUAUGGCAAACACAUAAGUGAACAUACAAUGCACUACAGUAAAAACAUGUAUAUGUCUUUUCAUUAAUGUUUAGUGUAAUUCAUAUCAGUUCUCAUUUCAAUCAUCCAAAAGUUUUAGCUUGACGUUGUAAAGCAACAUCACCUAAUACAAAAACAAAGAUGGUUAGAAUAAGGGGUGAUAUUUUUAACAGCAAUAUCACGAACAAAAGGAAAAUCAGUAUUAAGGGUUAGGUCUGUUGCGACAAACGAUUUACUGUUCUAUUUAUUUCUGUUCUCUUAGAGGAAUAUGUUGUUAAAUACAUUUUUGACAAACAGACUUUAUCAAAGAUUGAUUUUUUUCUUUUAUUAUAUCCCAGUGUUUAAGACAAUAUAAUGUCUUUUACACUGUUUAUCCGCUACUAGCAAGCUAAACAUCAAUAUAAUAACAUCGCUAAAAAUCAAAUCUGUACUAAAAGGUUACAAAUAGAAUGCAUAAACCUAUCUGUUUUAUAAUGAAAUAAAAUAGCCUUACAAAAAAUUUUCUUUUUCAAUCAACUUCGGAUGUUUAUUUAUAACGUUGUCGAAUGAAACCUAAAACAUAUAAUAAAACGUAUAAAAGUAUAUGCUAAAGGACUGCCGCGUGUGGGCGGGUCAGGAGGACUGAAACGACCUCGACGCUGAAGAAUGAUAUAGACAGCGGAGGAACUUGACUCUUCCGAACUGGUGUCGCCAUCAUACUCCUUGUCAGUAGGGGCUAUUCUGGUCCUUGGUCUGGCUUUGGGGACAGGUUGAGGUGCAGGUAACUCGACUGAAAAGGGAGAAGCAUGUUCCGGUGUAAUUUUCUAACAGGCCCGUUGCCGGACUCCAGGCGAACCUUGUACACCGGCUGACCAUCAUACGGAACGUCUACGAUAACGUAGGGGCUACGUUCCCAUCUGAUGGCGAGCUUCCUCCUUUCCUGAACAGACCGAUAUCGCCAACAACCAGCUUGUUCUCGUGAACACGACGGUCAUAGUUGGUCUUGUUCUGGCCAGUUCGCUUAUGUGCAGCCUCUCUGGCAGCCUUGUAGGCGUACUGCAUGCGCUUCCGUAGUCUUACAGCGUAAAUGGAAUGAUUGGAGUCUGCAAGAUUACCCGGACUUGUGCCCAGGAAAGCGUCAACAUACAAACGGGGAGGCCAGUCGAACAUAAGGAAGUAAAAAGAGAAACCAGUAGUAGAGCUCUUGGUCGCGUUGAACGCUUGCACAAUGGCUUGAAGGUAAUCUUUCCAGUUGGAAUUGUGAUUGUCGUUCAACGUGCCAGGCAUCCACAAAAGAGUGCGGCUAAAACGCUAAUGGAUUAAUAGGACUUAAAUAGUUUUGUGAAGCUGAGUGAGUAAACAGAAUGUUUCUUCAUGAAUUACCUUAACCUCUCGUGCAUUACAACAUAGUGUAACUAUAUAUUGAACUCAUCUAUAUAGGGGACAAGUGCUGCUCAUAAAUCUGUAUACUGAACAAAAAAGAUAACGAACGUUACACAGCUUAAAAUGGGUGGAAAAUGCCAAACAAAAGAGGGGCAAAUAUAAGCGAAGUCGAGCAAAGGAAAAGAACACGAGAUGAAUGCAGCAGUGUUAGUGAGCAUGAACAAAGUAUAUCUAGUCAGAACAAAACAGGAAAAGAAAACAAACCCAAAAAGAAGAAAAGUAAGAAAACACAAGAAAAGACGGAAAUUCUUGAAGAAACGCUGGAUUCUACUGACAACACAGACACAAUCAAAACAAUCAUGAAACAGUUAGAUUCAAUAAAUAAAAAACUUUCAAAUGUAUAAACAAAAGAUGAUAAGCAUAUCCAGGAUAUAGUAGAAAAAGCAGUUGUAAAGAAACUUAGCACACAGAAAGUCAAAGCAAAAGACGAUGGCGUUAUUCAAGAAAUAGUCGAUAAACUAGUUGAGAAGAAGCUAACUGAAAGCUAGCUUCGAAAAGAGAAUUGAUAUCUUAGACGGGCAGCUAUUUGAUAAAUCUCAAGAAAAUUAGAAACUGAAAGAAGAGAUUAGUGCCUUAAAUAAAACAAUUGAAGAGAAACAAAAAAGGUCAUCUGAGACUAAACGAAUAUCAAUUCACGAAGUAAUCCAGACUAAGAAACGAUUUAACGAACUCAAACAUUAUACACGAAGUAACACCAUUCGUGUUUGGCCUUCAAGAUAACAUUGAACACGAGACACCAUCACAGACAUUAGGCAACUUCUUAAAUGAGUUAGAGAAACUGUCUAUCAACGUCGAUGAAACGGAUAUUGACACUGGACAUCGCCUAGGAAGAUAUCAAACAAACAAACAAACCAAGACCGGUGAUUAUAAAGUUCAUAUCACGAAUGAUGGAAGAUGAUGUGAUGCGAAAUAAAACAAAACUUAGGCAGAGCAAGAUAUUCGUCAAUGUGGACCUUACUCGUCUGAACCAACAGGUGUUUACUGCGAUACGCCUGAAAGUUCAAGAUGAAGUUAAGUCAGUCUGUACAAGGAAUGGCCGAAUUAUACUCAGACGGUACGAUGAUAACAUAGCGUAUGCCGAGUAUAAGGAUUAUAAAGCUAGGCUCGAACUACCUUGGCCUCAAAAACAUCGCGAAUAGUAAAAGGCGCAAACUUUUUAUGGAGCAGUAUAGCAUAUUAGUAUUGACCCAUUAUAUAAACUUCUAUCAAGAUUGACAAGAUCAUUAUCAAACCAUCACCAGUAUAUGCUUGUUUUGACAUGCUGUAGUCAAGGGACCCUUUAACUGUUGUACUAUGUAUAACAAUUUAUUAUGACAAUCAGUGUGCUUACUUAUCUAUAAUUUGUAAGAUGUUCUAUUACGCUUGAUUGACGAAUUAUUGUUCUGGACCUCAUAAGAUAAUUUAACCAUGUACGGUUAUAUACUUGCAAAAUAUAGAAUUCAAUAGAUUAUCUUUGGAUACUUAGUGACUGGUAAAUUGGGCUAGAGCAGAUAUGUUGAAAUUUUGGAUUGUUAUUAUAUGUUAGUAGUUUUGGAAGUGGUUUAUCCUUUUAACUCAGCUAUAUCGGAUAUAUAUAAUAUGAUUUUUUUUAAACUGAUUUUGACACCGUUUGAAUUGUUAUUGUUGAACAUAACAAAUAAGGUUCCUUUUCCACUUUGUAGCUCAAUCCAAAUAUGUUAAGAUAAUCAAUAUCUAGGUCACUUUUAGAUGCUCUGAAUGAUUCAUUUUAUUUUAGUCAAAGUUGUCAGCGAAAAUUGUAAAUGGUGUUAUGACUUUAGAUAAAAAUAAAUUAUUUAAACUAUUUUUUUUUAAAACCCGUGGUCAUGCUGGAGAUUUCGACUUAAAUAUAUUCAUUUUUUAAUACAAUUACUUUGCAUUUCCUAACCUUUUUGGUUUUUAUGUCGUUUUUUUCGGAAAACCAUUUAGAAAUUGGAUAUAUAACUAUAAAUUAAGUAUCCCUUGUAAAAGAAUUUGUUUUUUUCAAGUUCUUUUUCUGUCAUCUACUGAUAGUUAUUUGAUAUAAUAGAUUUACUAAAGGGAUAUACGAUUAGAAUGCAUACUGAGUCAGAUAUAUAUUAGUGAAUUACAGCCAUAUAUACACAAUGCUUCGUAUGAUGGAUUGUGUAAUAUGAUGUACGAUAAAUAUGAUCAGUCGAAUAAGCCAUUAUUGUAAUGAGUACGAUAUCAUUAUAGUUACUUAUUAAACAAGUCGACGAUAUGCGGUUAUGUACUAGAAAAAAAAUAUAGUGUCAAUAGAUUAUCUUAGGAUACUUAGUGACUGGUAAAUUUUGCUAGGAUAUAUGUUAACACUUUAAAGGAUUCUUAUAUUUUGUUAG